AUGCCAAAAAGUCGUCUCUUUUACAUCCGAGAUGAGAACUCCGGAUACUUGUUUUUAGUGGACACUGGGGCACAAAUUAGGGUCAUACCAGCCAAGCCUAAUAUGUUGACUAGAAAGACAGAUUAUACGUUACAAGCGGCGAAUGGAUCUUCAAUCCAGACAUAUGGUGAAACCUCUUUAACCCUAAAUCUGGGAUUUAGGCGAUCUUUUCCGUGGGUAUUCACGAUAGCUCAAGUUCGAACCCCAAUCCUAGGAGCGGAUUUCCUCGCCCACUUUAACUUGUCCGUUAAUAUGUCUUCCCUUUCUUUGGAGGGUAAAACGACCAACAUUACAAAGAAAGGAAUUACAUCUAUUUAUACGAGCACAUGUAUCAGCGCAACUCUACCUGAAGCCAACGGAAUGCAGGAUCUGUUACAAAAAUAUUCUCAAAUUACAACACCAUUCCGGUAUACAGAAACCGUUCGACACAAUGCUGAGCACCACAUUGAUACUACGGGCCCACCCACGCAUUCAUCUCCACGGCGAUUGAGGCCUGAUAAAUAUAAACUGGCGAAAGACGAGUUUCAGCACAUGCUGGACCUCGGUAUAAUUAGACCUUCUUCGAGUCCUUACUCAUCUCCUCUUCAUAUGGUUCCAAAACCGGACUCAGGAGCUUGGAGACCUUGUGGCGACUUCCGGAAGCUGAAUGCUACUACAAUUCCGGAUAAAUACCCCAUCCCGCACUUGCACGAUUUCGCAGUGGGUCUGCAGGGCGCCACAGUCUUCACCAAACUUGAUCUGGUGAAAGCAUUCCACCAGAUACCAGUGGCCAAGGAAGACAUCCAUAAAACAGCAAUAACUACUCCUUUUGGCUUAUACGAAUUUGUGAGAAUGCCAUUUGGUUUAAGGAACGCUGCACAAUCUUUCCAACGGCUUAUAGACGAAGUGCUGAGAGGUUUACCUUUCACCUUUGCCUAUAUUGAUGACGUCCUGAUCGCCAGUAGAAACAAGACUGAACAUCGUCACCACGUUGAACAAGUUUUCCAGCGUCUACAGCAUUUUGGCCUUAAGAUUAACGCAGAGAAAUGUAUUUUUGCUGUGCCCUCGCUUAAAUUUUUGGGACACGUCAUUGACGAAAAGGGAAUAACGCCCUUACCUGAGAAAAUAGAAUCUAUUUCAAAUUUCUCAUAA